AGUCCAUAAAAUGACCGAAAAACUGCGACGUUCUUCAAAGCUGACUGCAUGACCUGCUUGGGACUACGGGUGACUGAACACAAAUUUCAUGACCCCUGAACAACUUCAUUCAAGUUAUUUUGUAUAUUAUCCUCUUAGAAUUUCAACUUUCUCAAGUAAUUCAGUAGCUGGAGGUUCCUGGUGAUCUAGUUAACUUAUUUAAAAAAAGAAAAGGCAAAAGAUGACAAAUAUUAAGCUAAUAUACAAGACAACUGAGUGAAGCUUGUUUCUGCAACCAGCGACUAGCCAAGUUCGUUGAAGUCACUUAACAAGUUGCCAUGGCAUCUCGUAGAACUUUUAAACGAGAGCAUGAGACAAAGCAGACUGUAGCGGACGCUUUUCGGACUAUCGUAGAACAAGUAUGUGCAGUCCAAGAGCUUGACCGCGGCGAGAGCUUCUUCGGUCGCGUAAGCGUUCGACAAGCCGACGAGAAAGAAAAUGAAGUGAGCAACUUAAGGAAACCGAGCUGGCCAAGAGUCACGGGAGUUCUCGCUGCAAAGCGACAAUUCUUAAGGAAAAAGUCAAGCGUCAACGAACUCAACGAUGCUAUCACCCAAGGAAAAGAUAUCAAUGAAAUAAAACGAUUUGGGAUAUUUGAUGGUAUCAAUAGCUCUGAUGAGUUCGGCAAGACUCCCUUGCACUGUGCUGCCGCAUCUCAAAACGUCGACGUUGUGAUGUAUCUUAUUGAACGUAAGGCUAACGUAAACGUACUAGACGACCGCGGAGAAACGCCGUUACAUGCUGCUGUGAGAACUGGCAAUGUCUCUCUUGUUAAUGCGUUGGUUAAGAGUUCUAGCAUCGACGUGAACCUUUGCGGUUCGUUAACCAAAACGACUCCUUUACAUCUUGUCGCGCAACUGGAGCAUCCAAACAGCGUUCGAAUCUGUAAACUACUGAUAAUGAAAGACGCCAAUCUGUUCCUGCGAGACUGCAAUAACAAGACAGCGGUUUCUUAUGCUGCGCAACUAGGCAACCAUGAACUGAUGAGGUGUAUAUUGAGAGGKGCCUUAAAAAAUAAGGACGARCUCUUGUACGACGCCGAUAAUGUUGGAAACUCAUUACUUCAUCUUGCUGUCAGCAGUCACUCCCCACAGGCUGUUCAGUUGUGUCUGGAGUUCAAUGCAGAGGUAGCCMGAGUAAAGCCGUCCGAUGGAACAACUGCUCUACACAUUGCCUGUGCACUCGGCCCACUAGAAAUAGUCACCAUGAUCUUACAGUCGGUAUUCUUUUACUAUGAUUAUUCACUGGCUGACAAGAAUGGCAUGACUUGUCUUCAUCUGGCUGCAAAGCAUAAUCAAGCUGAAAUUAUUGAACUWCUCCUCAAACAGAAAAUCGACAUCAAUUUACUCGACAAAAACGAUAAAACUCCCUUGAUGUGGGCUGUGUCACGUGGUUGCAACAAAGCAACUGAAAUGUUAUUGCGUUAUGGGGCAAAUGUCGAUCUGGUGGACCACAGAGAUCGCACUAUCAUCCACCUUGCAGUUGGUAGCAAYACGACACUUAGCCUCCUACUGCAGAAUCGAAAAGUUCGUACGCUAAUCAGGUCAAAAGACAAAACAGGGUCAACAGCUUUGCAUUAUGCUGCAAAAGGAGGUUAUCCUCUGGAUGUGGAACUAAUCUUAUCGAUCCAAAAUUCCCUGACAGGAGUUCAGAAUGUAGAUGAAGAUACUCCAUUACACCUUGCUGUCCGGCACGGAUGGCUUAAAAUAGUUCAAAUGCUUCUUGAUGGCAAGAAUUCACGAAUGGUKAACAGUCUGGACAAGUAUGAACGAACUCCACUGCACCUCGCCGCCAAAUAUGGUCAUGUGGAGAUAGUGGAAUUCUUGUUGCAAACUGGUGCAAGUAUCCAACGCGAUAGCAAUGGMCAGACUCCUCUACACCUGGCCGCCUUGACGGGAUCCCUGUCUAUUGUAGAACUUCUUCUGUCUGAUAACUCAUUCUGUUUGAACCAGACCGACAAACGUCAGGAGUCUGCGUUACAUUUGGCUGUUCAAGCUGGUCACACAASCGUUGUGGAAUACUUUAUCUCAAAUAAAGACCAAGACUUGACAGAGAAUACGUUGAACAAAAAUAUACUGGACAUGGCAAUAGAACAUAAACAAAAGCCAGUUGCUAUGGUACUAGCCAGUCACAGAAGAUGGCGAGAAAUGUUUAAACCUGCAUUCAAAGGAAACCCAAGUCAAAUGGAAUUACUCAUAGAAAAAAUGCCGGAAGUGGCCGAGCGUUUUCUGGAUCGAUGUAUACGUCGGGAAGGACGGAAAGACAACCCUGAUCACAAGAUCACCUACAAUCUGCACUACUUGCAAGGCAUGCCGGACUAUGAGAAGUGUAAACCUAAGAAUUCCCUUAAACCUCUUUUUGCAAUGGUAAAACACAAACGAUUAAACUGCUUGCAGCAUCCUACAAGUAUUGCACUCAUCAAUGUUAAGUGGGAGAAAUAUGGACUCAAGAUGGUCUUCGUCAACCAAACUGUAUCAGUUCUUUAUCUAUGCAUUGUAAUUGCWUUAGUGUCGAUGUUAGCUGACAACCCUUGCUAUCAGGCCAAAGACAAAACAAAUUGCACAAAGUAUUCAGACCUUCAAGGAGACGAGGCAUGGCCAAAGCGACCAGCCAUCAGAGCGUACCUGCUUCUCAAGAUCGCUUUAAUCGCGUUGAGUAUUGUCAAGUUGAUUAGUCAAGGGUUAKCGUUCUACAACCAGGGCUGGCAUUACUUUAAAAAGUUCAGUUAUCUUCURGAACUGUUCCUGUGYAUAGCUAUGAUGGUGUUUUUAGUUCCCAGUAAUUGCAGCGGUUGUUUCGGCGCRGGCGCAGUAGCUGCAUGYAUGGCAUGGUUAAGUCUAAUGUCUCGAAUUGCAAGGGUAUCUUUUCUUGGUAUUUAUCUAAUGAUGCUUGAAAGAAUCAUCCUGACAGUUUUAAGAGUGUUUGUCUUGAUGUUUCUGUUUCUACUGUGCUUUUCUUUUUGUUUUUACGUACUGGACUUCAAACUGGUGUUAUUUAACAACCUAUUCCAAUCAAUUGUGACCACGUUUGUUAUGCUGAUGGGCGAAGUGAACUAUGAAGUUAUAUUCCUUGAAAAUCGUACCAUCUAUCAUCCUUUCCUAUUGUACCCCGUGUUCAUUCUCUUUUGCAUUACGAUGCCGAUUAUCUUCCUAAACUUAUUGAUCGGUUUAGCGGUUGGAGAUAUUGUCAGUAUACAAAAAAUUGCUGCUUUAGAAAGAUACUCUGCACAGGUAAGUCAAUAUUUUCGUCCUCUCCACUUCUCUCCUUUAUCCUGUACAGCGGCCAUGUUGAUGACGUCAUCAAAUAUGGCCGACAGAGUCGAUUUUGUUCAAUAUUUCAUAUUGGAAUUGCCUCGCUACAAGUCUUCGCUUCUUGUGGCGGAGAAUGAAAAAUUAUCUCAGCUAAGAUUUUUCAUUGAAAUCAAGCCUGAACUGUGA